GGUCAAGCGUAUAUGAUUCUUCAUAUGUAUUUCCCCUUCUGCAUUCGUAAAUAUUUUUUCUGCGGUGGCAGCACGACAACGAACUAUAAAGACUACAAGUAAAGAACGAACAGUGACGAUUGGCGGCAACCACGUCGUUCAGCUACCUAUUAUAUUAUAUUUAUUAAAUAUUUUUUUCUCAAGUGGUCAGUGACCAAACACAAAGUUAUUUGAGUUGAGUUCAAAAAAUCAUAAAUUGCUCUACAUCCUCAAGCGUACUUUGAAAGACGUUAGAAGUUAGCCUUCUAUACCAGUGUGUAUAAAGGUUGCUUCAUAACGGGUUAGAUAUUAAGUUUUGAGAUUGUUCAUAUCUUAAUUUUAUUUUCUAAACGACAAAAAUAUAAUACUAACCUACGUUAUGAAGUUGUUUAACGUUUUUGUACUUGCAUUGUCAUGCAUUGGCAUUUGUUCAUCUGACAGCUUCAAAUGCACUACAAAACCUGCCAAAAUUCCAAAAGAAUGGCGAGACAUGGUCGUUCCAUGUAUCAAAAUCCUUGAGGCACAAGUAAAAGUUGAGAUACAAGCAGCGAUGACAUAUCUUGCCAUGGGUGCACAUUUUGCACGUGAUACGGUCAAUCGUCCAGGAUUCAGCAUGUUUUUCAUUAAAAGUGCAAAUGAGGAACGCAUGCACGCAAUAAAGGUCAUUGAAUAUUUGCUUAUGCGCGGACAAUUGACGAGUGAUGUGAGCAAUCUUCUUAAGUUCCCACUGCCAUCUAUUGGGACACAAUGGGAAAACGGUGUGCAUGCUCUCACUGAUGCUCUUCAACUAGAAACACAAGUAACUAGAAAUAUUCGUGAGAUUAUCGAAACUUGCGAAACGCCAAAGGACAUUCCAUUCAACGAUUAUCAUUUGGUAGAUUACUUGACUGGUGAAUUUCUAGAAGAACAGUACACAGGCCAAAGAGAUCUUGCAGGAAAGAUCUCAACAUUGGGUAAAAUGAUGGAGUCGCAUGGACCUUUAGGAGAGUUCUUAUAUGACAAAAAACUCCUAAAUGGAGAAAUAUAAAAGAGCUGUUUCAAUGCUAAUAUUAUAUCUAAAAUUAUUCCAUAUAA